AUGACGCUAAAAUCAAUUGUUGGACAAAAAUUAAUCAACGAAGUGCUUGCCCCUCUACACAAACCCGAAAAGGGAGGGGCUUGGAAUGCUUUAAUAGUUGAUCGACUUGCAAUGAGAAUGUUAAGUGCUUGUUGCAAAAUGCAUGAUGUAAUGGAUCAAGGAGUUACUAUUGUUGAGGAUCUGAAUAAACGAAGAGAACCUCUGCCUACUAUUGAUGCUAUUUAUUUGAUUUCUCCAACAAAGGAAUCUGUCGAUAAAUUGACGCAAGACUUUUCUGGUUCUCACAAUUUAUACAAAUGUGCACACGUGUUUUUUACUGAAGCUUGUCCAGAUCAACUCUUUUCUACUCUUUCGCGUAGUCCAGCUGCUCGUCAUAUAAAGACUUUGAAGGAAAUAAAUAUUGCUUUUACUCCUUAUGAAUCGCAAGUUUAUACUCUCGAUUCGCCAUCGACUUUUUUUCUGUAUUACAACCCUCAAAAGCCAGGCAGCCUGACGGAGAACUUGGACCGUAUAGCGGAGCAAAUAGCAACGAUUUGUGCUACUCUUGGAGAGUAUCCGUCUAUUCGUUAUCGUGCUGAUGUUGAACGUAACGUUGAUUUGGGACAUUUGGUUGAAGCAAAAUUGGAUGCUUACAAAGCUGAUGAGCCUUCUAUGGGUGAAGGAACAGAAAAAGCUCGUUCUCAACUAAUAAUAAUUGAUCGAGGAUUUGAUGCGGUUUCUCCUUUAUUGCACGAAUUAACUUUACAAGCAAUGACUCAAGACUUGUUAAAUAUCGAAAAUGAUGUUUAUCGUUAUGAAACUGGAGGGGCAGAAUCUGUGGAUAAAGAAGUUUUGUUGGAUGAAAGUGAUGAUUUGUGGAUAGAGAAUAGACAUAAACAUAUUGCUGUGGUUUCUCAAGAGGUAACUCGUGGAUUGAAAAAAUUCUCAGAAAAUAAGAAAAUGCCAAGCGAUGCAAAAUCUAUCAAAGAUUUGUCUUUGCUAAUUAAAAAGGCUCCACAAUACCAAAAAGAAUUGAAUAAAUUUAGUACACAUUUUCAUUUGGCUGAAGAAUGUAUGAAUAAAUACAAAAAUGGAAUUGAUAAGCUUUGUAAAGUUGAACAGGAUUUGGCUUUGGGAAUGGAUGCAGAAGGUGAACGUAUUAAGGACCCAAUGAAAUUAAUGGUGCCUCUAUUAAUUGAUCCAGCUGUGAAAAUGGAGGAUAGAUUGCGUCUUAUUCUUCUUUAUAUUCUUCAUAGAAAUGGUAUAACCGAUGAAAAUUUAAAUAAAUUGUUGCAACAUGCAAACAUUCCACAUAUGGAAAAGGAAACGCUUGUAAAUGCUUCUUUGUUAAGCUUGAAUAUUACUAUUGAUCAAGGCAGAAAGCGUGUUUGGACCCCAACUCGUCGUGAACGUGGAAAUGAACAAGUUUACCGUGAAUCUCGCUGGGUCCCUAUAAUUAAAGAUAUAAUGGAGGAUGCAAUAGAAGACAAAUUGGACAUUAAACAUUUUCCUUUUUUGGCUGGACGUCAAAUUAGCCAGCCAUAUCGCGCCCCAACAAGUGCCCGUUAUGGCCAAUGGCACAAAGACCAACGUUAUUCACAAAUGCGUUCAGGCCCUCGUCUAAUAAUUUUUAUUGUUGGAGGUGUAACCUUUUCUGAAAUGCGUUCGGCAUAUGAAGUAACACGUUCACAAAAAGCUUGGGAAGUUGUUAUUGGUUCUGAUCAAAUAAUUACACCAGAACGAUUUUUGAAUAAUUUGCGAGAUUUGAGUAAAAAACAGCAUGAAUAA